GGAGAUCAGUACAAAAACCCAGGCUUCUGCCGGCAGUUUCUGGAACAGAUAAGCUUUCCAUCUGGCAGUGGAGCUGUUUACUUUUUCUCCAGGAGAUGUUUAUAAUACAAAACUCUCAAGUAGGGUAUUUAUUUGUUUUCCCUGUGCUUCUUCUGGUUUUUGGUGGUGUUGGCGAGGGGCAAGAAGAAUAAAAUGAGCUGAUUAUUUCAGGAUCAUGGAAAACAUGGAACCGAAGCUCAAAAAUGCCCCCUACUUUCGAUGUGAGAAGGGAAACGAUUUGAUUCCCUUGUGCCAGAAGUGUGAAACGUGUAUCUUAGCAUGGAAGAUCUUUUCUACCAAAGAGUGGUUCCAAAGGAUCAAUGGUAUAUUGCAGAGGAAGUUUCUAGUUAGCAUUCUACAGCAGUUAAAUAGCUUGUAUUUGUUAUACUAUUUCCAAAAUAUCCUGCAGGCCACCCAGGGAAAGGAUUUCAUCUAUAACAGGUCUCGGAUUAACCUCAGCAGGAAGGAGGGGAAAGUUGUGAAGUCCACCUCACACCAAAUGUCGGAUAAAAUGGUGGAACAAGAGAUGAAGGAGAUCUUGUACUGGUUUGGUGCCAGUACCCACCGGACUAAGGCAAAUUACACUCUCCUGCUGCUGCAGAUGUGUGACCCCAAAUUGCUGCUCACUGCUUCUGCUGUGAUCAGAGCUCUGUUUCAGAGAGAGUGGAACAAGAUCACAGGGUUCAGUGAGGACUCCAUUGAUGUGGUUUUUUCCCCUGAGAAAGACUACGACUCCAAGUUGGAAACCGCACAUAUCCAUUGGACAACAAGAACAAGGCCCACAUCCUUCCCUUUGUCUAGAUCCUUAGGAAAUAAAAAAGUACUUGAAAAUGCAGAGAGAGAAGCAACUAUUGAGGAACAAUGGAAGAGUUCGCUCCAGUGUAUUUUUGAGAUGAAUAAACUAUUUUCCAGAAAAGCAGGUAGGUCCGGGCUGAGGGACGAUCCCUGCAAUCUACUGAUGGACCUGGAUGAUGUCAGAGACCUGUCUUCUGGGUUUAGCAAAUACCGCGACUUCAUCCGUGACCUGCCUGUCCACCUCUCCAAGUACAUUCUAAGAAUGCUGGACAAAAACACCCUAAACAAAUGUGCUUCUGUGAGUCAGUACUGGGCCACCCUAGCUCAGCAAGUCAAGAUGGACCUGUCCAUGCACAUCUUCAUUCAGAACCAGAUUGUCCUCUUGCAGGGAUCCUACACAAGAGGAAUAGAACCCAAUUAUGCCAACAGGCUUCCUAUCCCAGUUCCUAAAAUGACAGAUGAUGGGAAGCACAUGCGUGUGAAAAAUCAGAAGUUGAAACUGAGAACAAAGAAUGACUACAACCUGUGGACUGCAUACCAGAAUCAAGAAACUCAUCAGGUCUUGAUGGAGGAGAGAAAUGUGUUCUGUGGGACAUACAAUAUUCGCAUUCUUUCUGAUACGUGGGACCAAAACAGAAUCAUCCAUUUUUCUGGGGGAGAUUUGGUAGCUGUGUUAUCUAAUCGGAAGAUCCAGCUUCUGGACAUCCCACAAGUCAAGGAGUUACCCACUGUGUUUCGCGGCCAUGUUGGGAGUAUCCGGGCUCUCUUCCUGUGCGAGGAGGAAAACUUUCUCCUCAGCGGAAGUUAUGACCCAAGUAUCAGAUACUGGGAUCUUAAAAGUGGGGCUUGCAUACGAAUCUUCUAUGGCCACCAGGGGACAGUCACUUGCAUGGAUUUAUAUAAGAAAAUGCUUGUAUCUGGAGGACGAGAUGCCCAGGUGAAAGAAUGGGAUGUGGAGACGGGGAAGUGCCUAAAGACUUUUAAACACAAAGACCCCAUCUUGGCCACCAGGAUCAGCGACACCUACAUCGUGAGCAGCUGUGAGCGAGGAACAGUCACAGUGUGGCGCAUUGCCACAGCCCAGCCAGUGAAAAACCUCACUGGACAUGAAGGAGCUGUGAAAUGCCUGUUCUUUGACCAGUGGCAUCUUCUCUCAGGAAGUGCUGAUGGCCUGGUCAUGGCCUGGAGCAUGGUGGGAAAGUAUGAGCGAUGCCUGAUGGCCUUCAAGCAUCCAAAGGAGGUGCUCCACGUGUCCCUUCUCUAUCUCCGUGUCAUCAGUGCCUGUGCAGACGGCAAGAUCCGCAUUUACAAUUUCCUCAAUGGAAACUGUCUGAAGGUGAUAAAAUCUAACGCCAGAGGUGAUCCUGUGCUGUCUUUCUUUCAUCAUGGCAACAGGAUGGUGGUCAACACAGAGAGCAAUAUUCUCAUGUUCCAGUUCGAGAAUGUAAAAUGGCAGUACUCCCACGAAAGAAGUAAACAAAAGAAAAGUAAGGAUAAAGAGGAGGAAAAGGAAGAAAACAGUCUCCUGGGCCUUCCUUCCAAGUCUAGCACUCAGGUUCACAGCCUAAGAGAAUCUGUAUCCAGUAAACAAACUGUCACCCAGGAGUUCCUACCAAAUAAACCUCACAAGUCUCACCUUCUUCUGAAUUCAAGCAAGUUACCUCCAGCAGAUGAUGAGGAGAAAGUACAAAUACAAAGAAAAUCAAAACCUCCUGCAAAACUGAUCAGGCAUUCAAAGAAAAAGUCCUGGAAAAUGCCUAUGUCACCUGACCAGUUUCUUCUGACGGUCAAUGCCUUGCAACAAGCCCAUAAUUCAGGACAAUUUGCCUAUCCCCAUAAGUCCCAAACCCAAGUCAUUGAUGCCUGGGUACCUUCAAUUUCAUACCCGAGGAAGGUCCUGAAUUUCAAGGGAAAGCCAAUCCAACAUGCAAUUGAUUGGUUGAAAUUUAAUAAUCUUCCCAUAGAUGUGAAACAAACCAGUAUUCCCCUUGAAAUCCAGAAACUGAAGCCCAAUUUGAAGACAUCUUUGCAGAGUCCCAACAUCCAGUCUACCAUACCCCAGCCCAUGGUCAUCCACCCCAGGUUCUCUGACAGCUUAAAAGGUGAAUAUCACUUGACCAGUUCAAUCGGAAAACCAGGGCGCCAUACGGGACCCCUUACCAGCAUGCAGGUCAUUAAGCCCAACCACAUGCCAGCUCCACAAGUGAGCCUGGCUACCCUGACUCUCAAGAAAGAAAAGCCUCACUUCAACACAACUCUGGAUCCCCUUCGAAUGAACACAGAGUUCAUGCUGUUGACCGUGAAGGAAGAAAAAGAGUAUGAAGAAGCCAAGAUGAGAGAAUAUCAGGCCAGUGAGCCCACUAGGCUGGUCAAUCCAGGAAAAGCAAGCAAGGCUGCAUGGAUCAGGAAGAUCAAAGGUCUGCCUAUCGAUAAUUUCAUAAAGCAAGGGAAAAUAGCAGCUCCUGAACUUGGAAAAAAUAUAUUUAUCUAAAUGAGCCUUGGGAAAUUAUAGUGAUUUACAAUAAACCGGAAACCAAGUUAGUAUUUAUGUUUGGCCUUGCCCUCCCCACCUGCCCUCCCACCCUCUUUUCCUUCUUUCUUUGACAAUUCCCUGGAAAUUAAUGUGGAAACUCCUAUCUUCCUACCAGCCAAAGAACUGAUAGUAUCAAAGUAAGAAAGGAGGAGAAUAGGAGAUACAGGCCUCUGCAUUUUCAUUGGAAACCAAUGAGGUUUAGGGAAGUUCAAUUUCAUUGAUAGGUGGUGGGGAAAUCCUGGAAAAUUAGAUACUACUCACCACUACCAAUUUCAACAUGUCAUUUUGU